CGCAUGACCGUCGACGUCCAUUUAAAACGGCAUUUUAAACUCCCUCUUCCUCCGCCUCUCUUAUUAUCUCCAAAUAUCGCCGCUUCCUUCGCCUUAUCUUCCCUUUUAUCGAAGGAUAGUCUAGGGAGCAGCCAACAAAAGUAAAAAGAGACCAAAUUCAUAAAUAAACGGCAAGAUGUCCCACCUUCAGUUUGACGCUAAGCUAAGUGAAGCGUUAAGGAUGGACGGAGAUUUGACGAGGGGGCCAAUCCCGAGGUGGCAGCGGAAGGCAAUGGAGCAGGGAAUGCAACAGCUCUCCAUAAGCAACGAAAACAGUUUUGUUAACAAGUCCGGUUAUAGCAGUCCAAAGUUGGGUAAAACUCCACGAAGUGGAUCUUUCCUUGAGACCAAGAGCCCUGGCCGAGGGAAGUCUCCAAGCAGGUCCAAGUCGCCAGGUCGCAGGAUUCCAAAGCUGACAGUUCGCGGUGCAGGCCAGAAGACUCCCUCUCGCAAAACUCCCGUCACCCCACAUAACCAGCAAGACAGAUUCAUUCCAAACCGAAGCACCACAGAUACGGAACGUUCCCACCACCUUUUGGUCACCAGCAUGGAGGCUUCGGGAGGAGAAAAGUCUGCAGAGGAGGAUGAAGUGUCCCUGCAGCAGAAAGAAUAUCAGGAGAAGAUGACAGAGAACCUAAACGAUGGGAUAGCACCUGAGUCGAGGGUUUUGUCAUUUAAGAGUAAGGCACCACAAGCAAAAGAAGGACAUUUGAACAAUCACAAAGUUCUCUACAGUGCUGGAAAACCCACUGUGCCCAAGGCUGCCACAACAAGACACAUUCCCAACAUGCCAGAAAAGGUUCUUGAUGCUCCAGAACUUCUUGAUGAUUACUUUGUCAACAUCUUAAACCCUUUUCGACUGGAGUGUGAACAACCACUGGCUGUAGCUCUGGGAAAUUCGGGGGUAAAGUUUGGAAUGCUGGCGAUGGUUCCAUUACCCCCCGUGCCAGCUGGGGUGACCCCGACUAUAUCUGCUCUCUGUCGUGGAUUAAGGAAGAAAAUUUUUGGUAAUGGUUUGCCUUUGCAAUGCCGGGUGUCACCAGCUUUGGGAUUUUGCAAACAGAAGCUUUUUCGCUCAUGGGUGGCCACGAGGCGGGCACCCCCCUUUCUGGAACCGUACAUCCUCCUCGGCCACGCUGGGGGACAGAUUUCCACCAUAUGUCAGAGGGUAAACACAGUGGCGCCCUUAGGGGCAUUCGAGGUAAAUGAGUUUGAGCUUGUGCUUGUGGGCUGUAGCUUGGUGUCCGUUGGCAGAACAAUCUCCUUGCAACGGGUGGAGGGACUGCCGACCGCACCAUCAGAUUGUGGAACUGCACAACUGGAAUUUGUCUUAAAGAUACCACAACAAAUUUCUCAGUUGCCAUCUGCAACUCUGGCCCACACUCAAAAGGCACAUAAAGAUGUCACCCUAAAUUUGGGGUGUCAUCCAUUGUUUGGUCGCACACACAAAGAUUUCAUAUCAGGCCAUGGAUUCUCUAACAAUCAGCUGACCAUCUGGAAGUACCCAUCUAUGGCAAAGGUGGCUGACCUCACAGGUCACACAGGCAGAGUACUGGAGCUGUGCGUGUCUCCUGACGGCCAGAUGGUAGUGAGUGCAGCUGCCGACGAGACCAUCCGAUUGGAAAUGACGGGCCAUGGACAAAAGGACAAGAAACAGGCCGAUAUGCCCACAGGCCCAACCGGCCAUACCCCGACUAACUGCCCUGCACAAUCAGCACAUUUUGCCAACUAUUUUCAAAUAUUUUCAACAAUGAAGUUCUAUUUCUGUGUAUUGUUCUGUAAGUAUUGUGAUAUAAAUUAUUUCAGCUUUUCUGUGCUGUAUGUUGACAAUUUCAUAUUCCAGGCUGUAGCUUGGUGUCCGUGGCAGAACAAUCUCCUUGCAACGGGUGGAGGGACUGCCGACCGCACCAUCAGAUUGUGGAACUGCACAACUGGAAUUUGCCUUAAAGAUACCACAACUAAUUCUCAGGUGUCAUCCAUUGUUUGGUCUGCACACUACAAAGAGUUCAUAUCAGGCCAUGGAUUCUCUAACAAUCAGCUGACCAUCUGGAAGUACCCAUCUAUGGCAAAGGUGGCUGACCUCACAGGUCACACAGGCAGAGUACUGGAGCUGUGUGUGUCUCCUGACGGCCAGAUGGUAGUGAGUGCAGCUGCUGAUGAGACCAUCCGGAUGUGGAAAUGCUGGGCCAUGGACAAAAAGGACAAGAAACAGGCCGAUGCAAACAAAGGCCAUCCGAUAUCCAUGCUUGCUCAGACCAUUCGAUAAAUUGUAUGGUCAAGCCAGCCUUCCACCUCUUUCCUCUGUGUUUAUCUUUAUUAUUAUUAUUAAUAUUAUUAUUAUUAUUAUUAUUAUUAUUAUUAUUGAUAGGUCCAU